CGUCUGGCUUUGGGUGCAGCAGCCCGCCCAGUGGUUAGGACGACUGUCUUCAGUGGAGAUGGGCGCCCGUCGCUCGCGUUAAGAUUCUGACGUUCAGCCAAUUUCUGGCUAAUGGCGAGCCAAGGCGGAAAAGCUUGAUCUGGGUCCAAGUGGGCUCUGGGCGACGCCGCCGCCCUCGUUGGUGGCCGGAUCCUGUGGACGCCGCCUGGUUGGGUGUGAGGAGGUGCAGUGGUUGACGCCCCGAGGCAACGGAACGAACCUCUGGUGCUCGACAGCGGAACGGGCUUGCCUCUGGACAGCGAGCAAUGGAAUAAGGUAGGUAGCGACGCAGCGACAGCGGCUGGGCCUGCAGCAGUCUCCGUGGGUGGUCCGCCAUUAUCCCACCCCAGUCCCCGUAGUCAGGGGUGCGCCGACAUGGGAGCGGGCCAAUGGCAGGCGCUCCGCAUUUCUUGGCCCAACACCUGGGACUCGGUCGCCGCAGAUCCUCCUAGUCCUGAGUCUUUGACUCUGGCGAUUUGCGCCGCUGGGGCUGCUGGUGCUGGUGCUGGUGCUGGCGCUGGUGCCGCUGCACGGGUGGCGGCGGCGGCGCGAGCACAUACACACACACACGCACGGAGAUGGACGGUACGUAGAGAGAGACGCGCACACACACCACACCUCUCCCUCACUCUCACACACGCUGGCGCAAUGCCAAGCAUCUCGCGCCCGCGCGACAAUCCACUUGGCACAAGCCGUCGCCCGUUCGUCCUGGCAGGCAUGGCAGUCGCCAGGUCAGUCAGUCUCUGCGCGGCACUCGAAAUCGCCGUGCGCCGUCCUCCUCCCGUCCCCGGUCGCCCGCCCGCCCUUGUCUCCCCCGGCCUUGCUUGUUGCUGCUGCUACUACUACUACUACUACUACUACUACUCCUGGUAGUCCUCCUACCUCCACCACCACGCGGCCAACCUCCUUCCCCCAACUCACACCAUCCAUUGUUGGCUCUAUCCCCGCCUGUUCGUUGCCGUCUGUCCUUCCGUUGUCGUCGCUCCUCUUCUCGGCCUCACCAAGAUCUCGCCAUGACCUCUUGACGCUGCUCAACCCUCACCACGAGUAGUCUCCUCAUUCCUCCCUCUCUCUGCCUGGCCGUGAGACACCGACGAAGAGAGUACUCCCCCCAACCGACCGACGGACCCCGGGGGCCCAACAACGCCUCGUGCGCCCGACUGCCCCGUGCGCGUGCGCGCCUCACCCCUCCAAAGAGACGUCCCGUCGAUCUGCUGCUCCCGCCGCCCGGGGGGCCACUGCCACCGCCAUGGUCAAGCUGCAGAUGCACGACGGGCCGGCGCCCUCGUCGAGGAGACGGCACUUUCUCUGGGCCGCCGUCCUGAUAGCCGUCACCUGCGUCUUCUGGUUCCGCCACCUCCUCUACAUCUCGUGGACGCUGACGACGCUGCGGGCCAGCUGGCGCAACGACGCCGACGACUUUAUCCUCUCCGAGGCACACGACAACUUCGACGUCACCUUUACAAACUACACGCGCAACCAGCUCUCCGCCGCCCCCUACGAGGACGUGGUGCCACCCAUCCUGCACCACAUCGCCCUUGGCACGACCAAGGACCAAUGGCGCGAGUCGUGGCAGGAGGCGGUCCAGAGCUGCCUCGACCUCCACCCGGGCUGGAAGUCCUAUCAGUGGACCGACGACGACGCGGCCGCCCUGGUGGCGGACAAGUUCCCCGAGCUGCGCGACAUGUGGGAGAACUACCGCUACCCCAUUGAGCGCAUCGACGCGCUGCGCUACAUGGUGCUCUACGAGUACGGCGGCGUCAUCCUCGACAUGGACAUCAAGUGCCGGAGCUCGCUGGGCCCGCUGCGCCGCUUCGGCUUCGUCGCGCCCGAGGCCUACCCGACGGGCUUCUCCAUCAGCUUCAUGAUGGCGGCCAAGGCCAACGCCUUCAUCGGCGAGAUCCUGCGCAACCUGCCCGUCUACGACAAGCACUGGUUCGGCCUGCCGUACGCCACCGUCAUGUUCAGCACGGGCGGCCACUUUGCCUCGGUCGUCCACACCAACCAGCCCGACCGCGCCAACUUUAAGAUUCUGCCGGGGCCGCUGCAUAGCCUCAACGGCCGCGUCGUGACGCCCCUGUUCGAGCACCUCGGGAGCUCGUCGUGGCACUCGUACGACGCGCAGCUCAUCACGGCGGUCGGGGCGCGGGCGAACCUGAUCUUUUUCUUUUGCGUGGGCAUGGCGCUGGCCCUUUUCAUGAGGAGGCGCAUCAUUCGCCGGCUACGGACGAUGUAGGGAAGAAGGCGACAUGUUAAUACAAGAGAGACGGAGACGGGGCGCAUGUACAUAGGCACCGCCGCACCGCUUGCCGCGAUGACACGACAUAGCAUAAUUGAACAAAAAUGACAACUGAGAA